GACGGGCGCGGAGGAGGAGCGGGGAGAAGCCGCACAGGAGCACCGGGAGGAGCCGGAGGAAAUCUGCUGGCGGCGUGUCAGGCGCCUCAGGGGACCCACUUCAAAGGAAAGCACGAGCCGCCGUAUGCCCCCGCUGCCGGGAGAGGCGGGCACCGCACGCUGCACCCCUGCCCGUGCUGGCCGAGGGUGCGGGAGCCCCGUGCUCCACAGCGUGAUCGGGUACCAAAGCAGCUCCCCAUAGUAAACAGCUUCAUCAUGCGACGGAGCGCAGGAAGGUGAGACACAAGCAGAAACAGAAACUAACACUGAAAGGAAGAGGGGAAAAAAACCCAGCGACUGCGAAUUACUUCCAGAGAAAGUGGGUGGAUGUUGUGCAGCAGCGACUUGGGAUUUUAGGGGAUGCACCCUUACGGUUCGCUUCUCUCUAGUCCGAGGCUCCCUUCUCCGGUGACAGAAAGCGGCUGUACUUGACGGUAGGAAAACAGGAGGAGAAAUAAACAGGAGGGAUUUGUUCAGCGGUUCUUGCGGUGCCCUAUUGAUCUGCGUUAAGGAUUUUAAUAUUUUUUUCCUGGUGGAUGUUGGCAUCUUGACCUUGAUUUUGAGACCUUUCAGUUGCAUCGCAGGUUUUGUGGGUUUAUUUCCUUUGGCGAGGCGUGGAAAGGGGGAGGCUGGCUUCGGUGCUGAAAGUUGCAGUCAUUAUUUUGGAGCCAGCAUGUGCACCAACAUAGUCUACGAGUGGCUGAAGACCCUGCAGCUCCCCCAGUACGCCGAGUCCUUCGUCGACAAUGGCUACGACGACCUGGAGGUCUGCAAGCAGAUCGGGGACCCGGACCUGGAUGCCAUCGGCGUGGCCGUGCCCCACCACCGCCGCCGGAUCCACGAAGCUGUGCGGCGGCUGAAGGAGGCGGACGAGACGGCGGCGGGGCUGUACUUCACCCUGGAGCCGCAGCCGCCGCCGCGGCCGGCGCCCCCCGCCACCGGGCGCUGCCCCCGGCGGGUGGCGGGGCAGGAUGAGGCCCGGCGGGGGGCGGACCCCCGGCACCGCCCCGGCGGGCGGCGGCGGGCGGGCGGCGGCGGCGGGGGGCUCACCGCCUACCCCAGGCUGAAGCUGAAGAUCAUGAUCCGGGACAAGCUCAUCCGCGACGGCAUCAACCUGAGUAAACCCCCUUACUCCAACAAGGAUGGGUCACUGGGAAAUAUUGAUGACCUGGCACAGCAGUAUGCAGACUACUAUAACACCUGCUUCACAGAUGUGUGUGAGAGGAUGGAGGAGCUGCGCAAACGGAGGGUUUCCCAAGACCUUGAUAUGGAGAAACCUGAUGCCAGCCCCACAUCUCUACAGCUGCGAUCCCAGAUUGAGGAGUCACUUGGUCUCAGCAGCACUGCAUCAACCCCCGACACUGAAAGAAAGCUCUCCAUUCAUAAAUCAAGUUCGGAAGAAGGCUCUGUAGGGAAAGCAGACUGGAAAAAGAAAAAUAAGUUUUUUUGGCAGAAUUUUCCGAAAACCAGAAAGGGACUAAUGAGGCAGACUUCAAAAGGAGAGGAUGUAGGGUAUGUGGCCAGUGAGAUCACGAUGAGUGAUGAAGAACGGAUCCAGCUGAUGAUGAUGGUCAAAGAGAAGAUGAUCACCAUCGAGGAAGCACUUGCUAGGCUGAAGGAGUAUGAAGCCCAGCACAGGCAAUCGAGCACUGUAGAUGCUACAGAAUGGCCUGAUGGUUCUUGCUCAACAUUUGAUGGGUCUUCCAAUUGUAAUUCAAGAGAACAAUCCGAUGAUGAAACUGAGGAGUCGGUGAAGUUUAAGAGGUUGCACAAGCUGGUGAAUUCUACUCGCAGAGUCCGGAAGAAACUCAUUAGAGUGGAAGAAAUGAAAAAACCCAGCACGGAAGGUGUGGAAGAGCACUCACUUGACAACUCUCCUAUACUGGAUGACAGAUCGGCACUUUACUCUGGAGUUCACAAGAAGCAAUUCUACUUUGACAGCCCCUGCGAAAAGCAGCCAGAGGAUGACUCGGACUCACUUACUACUUCUCCCUCAUCCAGCAGUCUUGACACGUGGGGAGCUAACCGGAAGCUGGUGAAGACCUUCAGCAAAACCGAUAGCCGUGGCCUUAUCAAGCCUCCCAAGAAACUCGGGACAUUUUUCUCUUACCCAGAAGAGGAGAAGACCCAGAAAGUUUGCCGCUCCUUGACAGAUGGGGAAAUGAAGAAGAGCCUCGGCUCACUGAGCCAUGGGGUAAGUACAGAAAGCAUUUGCUUUUAUGACAGCAACAGGCACAAGCACCAUCUUCUGGUGUCCCUGGAGGAGAUUCAGAGUGUAAGGAAGCAGAUCCGAUUGAAGAAAAUGGAUACUAACUAUUCCUGUUCCAGAGCUUUUCUUUGCCAGCGUCCUGCUAGGAAAGGAGCAUCUCCCACAGCUUGUGACCUGCAAUUACUGCGACACAAAACGAAAGGGGGUGGAGGUUGUGGCUUCCCAAACAGAAGGCUACGAGGGCGCACUUCUGUCAGCGAGUUCAAUAUUACCUAUGUGGUGGAGAGAAGCCUGUAUAGUCACCUCAACCUCUCACAGCUGGUGCGUCCCGUUACUGACAGGACCCUGAGCAAGGCCGACAAGCAGGACCUGAGGAGAUGCCUGCUGGAGGAGGAUGAGGAGGCCAAGAGGAAGUGGGCUGCCACAGUGGAUCGCUGUACUAAAAGGGUUCUCUUGAGAAUCCACCAAAAGUCUAGAACCUGUAGCUUUGGAGGAUUUGACUUGACAAAUCGUUCCCUUCAUAUUGGAAACAGUUCUGACCAAAUGGGCAAAGAAGGAGACUUUGUUUAUAAAGAAGUGAUCAAAUCCCCCUCUGCCUCCCGUAUAUCUCUGGGCAAAAAGGUGAAGUCUGUAAAAGAAACCAUGAAGAAAAGGAUGUCUAAAAAAUACAGCAGCUCGCUGUCUGAGCAGGAGUCCAGCCCUGGGGUCAUGCCGGGUUCUCCGCAGUCGCCGCCUCCAGACACUGACUCCCUGGACAAACCCAAGCUGAAAGCCGGUGGCUCAGUAGAGAGCCUGAGGAGUUCCUUAAGCGGUCAGAGCUCAAUGAGUGGUCAGACAGUGAGCACAACAGAUUCCUCAACCAGCAACAGGGAGAGCGUGAAAUCAGAAGAUGGUGACGAUGAAGAGCCUCCUUACAGAGGACCUUUUUGUGGAAGAGCCAGAGUUCACACUGAUUUUACUCCAAGUCCUUAUGAUACAGAUUCUUUGAAGCUCAAGAAAGGUGACAUUAUUGACAUAAUCAGCAAACCCCCCAUGGGCACUUGGAUGGGCCUGUUGAACAACAAAGUUGGCACUUUCAAAUUUAUCUAUGUGGACGUGUUAAAUGAAGAGGAAGAGAAGCCGAAGCGGCCCACCAGGAGACGCCGGAAAAGCAGACCGCCCCAGCCCAAGUCAGUUGAGGAUCUCUUGGAUCGCAUCAACUUAAAGGAGCACAUGCCCACUUUUCUGUUCAACGGUUAUGAAGAUCUAGAUACCUUUAAGCUUUUAGAAGAAGAAGAUUUGGAUGAACUGAACAUCCGAGAUCCUGAGCACAGAGCUGUUCUCCUCACAGCAGUGGAGCUGCUACAGGAGUAUGAUAGUAACAGCGACCAGUCAGGAUCUCAGGAGAAACUUCUCAUUGAAGGCCAAGGCCUAACCGGAUGCUCUCCUCGGGAUUCUGGCUGCUACGAAAGCAGUGAAAACCUGGAGAAUGGUAAAACUCGCAGGACCUGUCUUCUGCCCUCAAAAUCAACAAGUGAGCACAGCUUUAAGGACUUCAGCAGAAACCAGCUAUCAAAUUAUCCUACACUUCCACUGACCAAGUCAAUAGAAACUCUGCAGCAAGGGGACAAAGAAGGCCGGUUGAGCCAUCGUGCUCUGAAGAGCUCUGUCCAACCUCCAGCUGUUUCGGGUCUGAAGAAGAACCGUCGGAGUUUACCAGUUGCCGUCUGUCGGAGCUAUGAAACUCUGGAUGGCCCCCAGGGUGUAGAUACGUGGCCAAGAUCUCACUCGCUGGAUGAUCUCCAGGGAGAAUCCAAUACUAACCUACAGGACACUAGCAAGGAAGUAGGUUCUUUUCCUCAGGAUUCACUGGAUAUAGCAAAAAAGGCAACUGGCUCUGCCCUGCCGCCUCAGUCUCAUGGAGGCUACUGUAUCAUAGAUGACUUGAUGGCUAAGCAGGGUAAAGGAGCUGCUAGUUCUCAGAAGGGAAGAGCUAAGGAAUUGGACUGCUCUGUAAUGGAGACUGCAGGUGGAAAGCCUGCUCCAUUCCCACUGAAAAACUGUGAAGCUCAGCCUGCCUUAGUGACACAUCUUGCAACAAGGACACCUCUGGAAAUACAAAGUAAAGGCUUGCAUGACCUUGCACGGGCUGAUUAUGCUCCUGUCCUCAAGGGAGGUCUAGAAGCUGGGCAAAAAGGCACAAAUGAGGCAAGAAUGCAACCAAAAAAUCCUUCUCAGCCGCCACCCGUCCCUGCCAAAAAAUGCCGAGAACGCCUUUCUAAUGGAUUGUAUCAUCCUCCUACGACCCCAGGUGGGAACCACUCAAGUCUAGAAGCACCAUGUUUGCCAGUAAAAAAGACCAGCUCAUCCACUCCCAUUGAUUGUCACGGAGUACCUGCCCAUAGGACAUCUUCUGAACAGGAGCCCGGUACCCCUCCUAGCCCACUUCCACCCUGGCUGUCGGAGCUCCCAGAGACUGCUAGUGUUCAGCAGCAUGUGAUAAAACUAGGUCCUGCUUCAGCGAGGAAAAUCUCUUGUAGCAGGGGAAUGGAUCUGGAAAUGGUAAUAGAAAACAAGUUGCAGUCUGAAGACAUUGAUCUUACUGAAGAACCGUACUCUGACAAGCAUGGUCGCUGUGGCAUUCCUGAGGCUUUGGUACAGAGGUACUCUGAAGACUUAGAUCAGCCUGAAAAGGAUGUUGCCACAAACAUGGACCAAAUCCGGGUAAAGCAGCUGAGAAAGCAGCAUCGCAUGGCAAUUCCAAGUGGAGGGCUCACUGAAAUUUGCCGAAAACCUGUAUCCCCAGGACUUAUCACCUCUGUAUCUGACUGGCUGAUUUCCAUUGGUCUACCUAUGUAUUCCAGCCUGCUCACAGAAGCAGGAUUCAACACACUGAGCAAAGUGCCUUCUCUGUCACAAACUUGCCUUCAAGAAGCUGGCAUCACAGAGGAAAGGCAUAUAAGCAAGCUUCUGGCAGCAGCAAGACUCUUCAAACCUCUUGAUCCAGAUGCAAUUUAAAUGCUCCAUAGUGUGGCAUUGCCUGGUCAAGAAUCCACUGCUUCUUCCUGCACCCAUAUUGCUCUAAUUACUUCACAUAGCUAAAGGGAUUGAGGAAGUGGCUCCCAAGGACAGGCAGAUAUCUUCUUCGAAGGAUAUUAAAUGUUUCUAUUGCUGUCUCUGGCAACUGAAGGAGAAGAGAAGCAACCACCAGGUAACAUAGACGUGGUACUUCCCUCCCCCCUCAUUCCCCUGUAAAGUAUUCUUAUUUCAUAAAGUGCACAGGGUUGGCCUGAAAAUCAGACAGCUUCACAGAAUUAAGGGACCCUCACACAUUUUCCUCAAGUUUGUGAAAGUAAUACUAAUAGUAGGCCCUGUUUCUAUGGAGAGCUGCUUAGGUUGGAGAUCUUCUAUACAUCCAGGUUCCAGGUACCUUGGGUCAGUCCUAAAGACCAGGUACAAGCCAAGGUGCAAAUUCCAGUAGAAGCUGUUUGGCAAAUGCCUUUUGUUUAUUUUAGCAGUAUAGAGCUAAACACAACCUCCCCCCGGUCAUCUUUGCUGUUGCUUGGUAUAGGUCCCAAUACGCCACAAAGCCUUUAGCUAGGCCAAAGUUAAUGGACUGGAAUUAGUUUUCAGUAUGAUCCAUCUCUGUCACUCUGCUGCAACUAACCCGCGGAGAGUCAGAAAGCUUCUUUUUAUUUGUACAGAGCUGAGGUCAUUUUUAUAACUGCUUUCUAGCAAUCAGCUUUUUAUUUGCCUUAAAAUAAGCUUUCAAGCAGUUACUUAGUGUUCACUUACCUGUAUUCGUGUUUCCCAAGCCUUGUUUCAACCUGUCACCCUUAAGCUGCACUUAGGGUGAUUUCCAGCUAACGUAACUUCUAUAAAAUGCCUCAUCAUAACACCUUCUGUGUUGUAGAGAUGCUUAUACAAAUGCAGGGUUAUGCUAGGUUUCGGUUGUCAGGCUAACUUCUUGUUCACUACAGUAUGCAUUUACUGUUCUUACUAAACUGUUCCAAGAUAAACUGCCUUGUAUAUAUGUAACUGCUUUUCAUUUUAAUCAUAUUCUGUGUACUGUGUUAUAUUGUCAAUCAUUAUGCUGCAGCUUUGACUUGGUAUCCUGACCAUAUCGAUUCCAAACGGUGGGUUUCUGCAAAUGAAAAUCCACUUGUGGGAGAUAAAAUGCAUCAGAAAAGCAAAUUGUGUCCCAUAGAAGUUCUCAGAUCCAAUAAUUCCAUUGCAUGGAUGAAAACCCCCCCAUAUAUAGUCCUAUUAAUUGCACUGUGAUUUUACAGCAGUUGAUAUCCCUCAUGACUGUGUUAAUGUUACCUCUCACUGGAAGAGAGCAUUGUUCUGGCAUAUGUGGUGAGCCAUUUUUCCAUGGUGUAAUGAUAUUUUUCUGCCUAAAUCCAUGUAAAACGUUCCAUUCACAUACGUGGCUAAUGACAGAUUUUAUUUUUCUAUAUGGGUACACAUCUUCUAUACCAAAUACAGAUUAGCAUGAAUAGCACAUAACUAGCUUUUUCUUUGCGGUCUAUAUAUGGUGUGUCCUUCAGCUUCUUGUAGCACAAAGGCUCCACGGAAGGACAGAGCAAGCUUACUCUGGCCAGUAAAGGGAGAGAGUAUAGAAACCUGGGCACAGGCCAGGAUGUGUGGCUGUUUCCAGUAUCAGUUCUGACAUCAACUUACUGUGUAAAACCAGACAAGGAACUUCAUGAUUUGGUGCUUCAGUUAUCCCAGCCUCAUACCGAGCUAAUGACACUUUUCCUGAUAAAAUUCUUUCAGACCGAUGAAUGAAAAACUGUGGUUACUCCAUGAUUUCUUACUACAUAUGGUCCUUUCAUGGUCAUAUUUUAAGUCAGAUGAACCAUGCAUUUUACUACAAAUAAGAAGUAAUUUGUCUUCUGGUCAAAUUGGUGUUAGGUUUACUUGCCUUGUUUCUUAUUUCACCACUGUCUGCCAGACACCAUCAUGUGAAGGCAAUUAAUUCACUGAUGAAUCUUGAAGUGGUUCUCAAUGAAAGCUCAAGCUUUUGUUCUCUAGCAAAGUGUGUGGGUGAUCAGCAUGUUCUAAUAUGACAGCAUCAGGAAACAUACAGCACAGAUGUUUUGCACAGCUGGUGAAAAUCUGGAAAAAGAAAAAAAUGUAAAAAAAAAAUUAAGUGUCAUUUUAAUAAUGAUGAUUUGUCUGUUGUUCCUCUCUGAGGCUUACAUGGCAACUAUUAGUAAGCAAGAGAUGGAAAGAGUAUUGAGACUUCCUGAGAUUGCUGGCAGGGGCCAGAACUGAGUAGAAGUAAGCAGACAGCAGCUAUAUUGGAGCAAGGGAAAAGUCCAAGAUGGCUAUAUGCAAUAAAAAAGGAAACAAAUUUCCUUGCAUUGCAGGGAAGACAAGCUGCAUAAUAAAGCUCUCCCGUAUUAAUUACUUUUCUCUCUCUUAAUAGCAGGACAAUUACGGGAAUAAGCUGAACCUGUGCGCCAAACACUCUUUGUAAAUCCGUAAUUUUAAAAUGCUUACAUAGCCCAGGGAAACCAAAUCACACCCUUCAGGGCUAGAGUGAGCAGUCUGAGAUUUGUGAGUUUUAAUAGUUGCUUUGUUUUUCUUUUUAGGACUGUGCUCUGUGGUCUUACUUGAGUUACAAUUUUAGUUGCUAUUUUAAUCUAAAAAAGCCUUAAGCUUCUCAGUGUUUGAGCUUCCCUGCUAUGGUUUUGGUGACCUGUGGUGUUCCCCGAGCAGGUGAGGCAGUGCAGUAUGAGAGCCAUAACCUCUUACAUUUUGCAACCAUGCAGUGCUCUAAGCAAAAGUUUGCUCAUAAACUCUUGGGAAGCACGAAGGAAACCUGCUGCUGGAAUCCUAAUCUGCUCUGCUCAGGCUAACGAUGUUAAGUAUCUAUCCAUUGUACCUUUGUAACUCAACAGCUAUUUAAGAAUAGAAGCAGCAAGCCCAAAUUAUUACCGAAUGCUGUCAUAACCAUAAGCUUCCAUCAAUAACCCUGUGUUACUACCUGGGUGGCAACGAUGCCCAUAGUUCCCUGUGCUCUCUUAUGAGCCUGGCUUCAAAUGCAAACUGGGAGCAUGAUCGGAAGCAUCAAACAUUGCAUUACUCAAACAGGUCAUCAUCUCUAAGAGCAGCAAUAGUGGUCGAUUCACCAAGUCACAGCUGUGCAGUUGUACUGUAUUAUUUUUAGAAUAAAUAAUACUUUUGGUCCAAGAUACUUUUAUCUUUAAUUGACACCCUGGGGAAUCAAAACUGUCAAGCAAGUUAUGUAACAACUAACAAAGUUGCACUUUCUGUAUAUGAAAUCAAUAUUUAAAUAACUUAUUUUUCUCCAUUUGCUGUUCUUAAAUGAUGUAAGUAGCUGUAAUAUACCAGUACUCAAUAUGUCCUGCAGUUUGCUUCAACCCAAGAAAGCUGUGUAUUGUAAAGAAAAAAAAAAGAAAAAACAAAAUAUGAAUGUGUAAAGAUUAUUGUGCUGUUUCAUUUAGCAAAAAAAAUGGUUGACAAAAGGGUUUUCCUGUGUAUCAAAACUUGUCUAUAAUUAUAUGUCAUACUGUUCAUAGUUAAAAAGUAAAUAAAUUUCCUUGGUCUCUCUCUUU